AUGUCUAGGUCUGCCUUGCUACGAAUGUUAAAGACAUUGCAACGAGUCAUGUCUCUGUCCCGGCUACUGCUAAGUGUGCUGCAACAUACUCCUUCUCUGCCCCCAACAACUACUACGUGUGUCGAAACAAGCUCCUUCUCUGCUUCAGCAACCGCUGUCCAGAAUACAAUGUUGAUUAAUCUACCCUCUAGCCUUGAGAUGGCUCAAUUUAUUGCAAUGGAUGCAGCCACAGAAGCUCCCAACAACUCAUCACUCAAUUCUGAUAUUGCUACACUUUAA